AUGGAAAUGGGUAGUUUGGCAAGAAUGUUGGAGAUUGAAGAAUAUGCUAAAGAAUUUGACUGGUGUAUGAGAUUGAAUAUUACCAAAGGUGUGGCUUAUGCCUUGUCUUUCAUUAACCAUGAUUGCUCAUCACCAAUAAUUCAUCAGGAUAUCAAAAGUAACAACAUCUUGUUGGAUUGUCAAUACGUGGCCCAUGUUUCAGAUUUCGGCACUGCUAAGAUUCUGAAGCUAGAUUCAUCCAAUUGGACUUCCCUUGCAGGCACAUACGGAUAUAUAGCACCAGAACUUGCUUAUACAAUGAAGAUAACCGAGAAAUGUGAUGUAUAUAGCUUUGGUGUGUUGGCAUUUGAAGUGAUAAUGGAAAAUUAUCCUGGUGAUUUCAUCUUCUCAAUUAAGUCAUCUAAUCCAUAA